AUGAUAAUUCGGACAUUAUUCCUCGCUUUUAUCGUAAUAAAUUUUGCUUCCGCUACACCAUCUCAGCUGGAAAGACGAGAUCUUGUCGGUCGCAAUGUUGGGGCAGUUUCCUUUUUGACGACGCAAAACGCUACUACUAACGUCUGUAGCGAUCCAACCUACUCUCCAUGUCCAGAUGUAGCGAUAUACCCUGCGGUUUCAAUGGUUGCUGCCGCUCUUACCAAACUUGUUUAA